AUGGACAGAAGGAGGUUAAGGUCGAGGGCCCCCCCAAAGUGGGGGGAGGCGCUGAGAAGGAAUCAGGAGCCCGAAUGGACCACAAGCUCGCCAGGCCGCCGCCACAAAGAGAUGGGGGGCCCGGCGGGAGGGGCUGACAUCCCCGGCGGGGGGGCGGGGGCCCACGACCCAGACACAGGAGAUGCAGGAGGGGCCGAUGGGGGAGGGGGGGUCGGGAGCCACAGAAGCUUCUUGAGCGGGGCAGGGUCCCUCGGACCUGGGUCUGGGGCCGGGGCUGAAGGCCACGGGGGCGGGGCCCCGCCGGGCGGGGAGGGGGCGGCCGAUGGGCCGUGUCUGGCCGGAGCCCGUCGUCGGCCUCCGGCUCCCUCCGAGGCGACUCCUCCGCCCCCACCCUGGAAGCCAGCUGCGCGUGCGCAUACCCAUCCCCCGAACCACCGUUCCCACCACACCUCGCGGCCACCCCACUCUCAGAAGAACAAAGGCCGGAGCGCCGCAGGGGGGACUGCGCCUGCGCAGAGCGGAGCCUGGAACUACACCUCCCAUAAGGCCAUGGGGCACAGACCUCAACCGCGGCCGCACUCACGGGACAAAAGGCUUAGGGCGGCGCCCAGGACGUACCGGGCCUGCGCGGCGGCAGAGACGGCCUUUCCACCCGACUACACUUCCCAGAGCGCUCACGGGACAAAAGCCUCGGAGCGGUACCCAGGAGGCACUACGCCUGCGCAGAACGGCACCUCCAACUACAGUUCCCAGGGUGCCGCAGCGUAUAGUCCCACCCCACCCCACCCCCACUCCCCUCCCGCCCCCGCACCGCUCACAGAAGCCCCGCCCGCGGAGCCCCCUCCCCGCGCUUCGGGCUGGGUCGCGGCGUAA